AUGGAGGUGUCGGAUGAGACGGCAGAUGGAUCGGGACCACGACAUCAAGCGGGAGGAUUGGCGGAAGUCACGGAUUGGUCUACUGACCGCUUCGCGACUCUCGUUCCGAAAGAGCGUGAACUGAUGCGGAGCACUGGAAUGCGCAGUUUCGAGUCUAUCAGGGUUUUAGCCAAGGGAACUGAACAGAAGCAUUCUCUCAAGCAAGAGAGUCAUUCUACUGCUUUCAUGUUGAAUGCCUCAGAAAAUAAUCUGCUUACAUUGUUAUUUGGUUAUUCAAUUGCGUUAUGUCCUUCGAUUAUCUCCGUUCGAGAUGCUUCCUACCAGAACUGUUUUUGA